GGGCAUCAACGGGCGUCUAGGCUGUAUAAAGACACCCAUCUCGGCCAUCCCUAACGACUGCAACCAAAAAAGACAACCAGAAUUCAAGGCAGACGCAAGCGUCCAGCCAUCCCAUCCUUUUCUACUACGAAACCCGAUAAUAAGACACACCGCCUAAUAACCAACCCAGACAAACCCUUUCAACCUGGUUUACUGCAGCACCAAACCACCACAACACACAUCCGCUCCAUCAUGGAGAACAUCACCUCCAGUCUCCCGCCAUUGGAGGAUGCCACCCCCAUGGGCAUCUUCCAGGCCGUGCUUGGACGUCUCCCGGGUGGCCUCAAUGUCACCCAAACCAGCUCCAUCCUCACCCUCACCGCCUUCGCCUUUGGCACUCUGCGCUGGCUGCACGGUUCAACCUCCAGCUUCAUCGAGUCCCUGCGCGACUACGUCACCAUCCGCGUCACCAUUCCCGGCAGCAACGAGAUGAGCACCUUUGUAUCGGAGUGGAUCGACCGCAACAUCCUGCCCAAGAGCUACAACAAGUCCUUCCUGUUCCGCGAGGCCCUGCAUGACUGUGAGGACGAAUUUGGUGACGGCGAGGGAUAUGGCGGAGGUAGCGUCCCCAUUUUCUUUGACGAGCACGAGGGCGACGAGGGCGGGGAGAGUGGUGAGGGCGGUGAGGGCGGGGAAGAGUGCGUAUCCCUGAUAAAGAAGAAGGCCCAGCGGCAGACGGACCGGCCCAUCGAGUGCGUGCCCCAGUUCAAACGCACCUGGUUCUUCUUCCGUGGCUACUUCUUCACAGUCCGCAAAGGAGCGGCCAAUAGCAACUCCAAUGGAGACGACGACGACGACAAUGAGGACGUGGGCGCGAGCGCCAUGACCUUCACGAAGGAGGGCCAGAGCCUGACCAUCACCUGCGUCAGCCACUCCAGCAAGCCCGUCGUCGAGUUCCUCAAGAUGUGCAGGGAGGAGGCCCGGACCCUCGCCGCCGGCAGCAGCAGCGGCGGCAGCGGCGCCAUCGGGGGCGCCCUCGUCCCCGGCCAGAACAAGCCCCAGAUGCGCAUCUACUGCCACGACUACCGCUACUGGCGCUUCAAGUGCAAGGCGCCCGCGCGGCCCCUGUCCUCGAUCCACCUGGACCGCGAGAUUAAGAGGGACCUGCUCGACGACUUUGAGAAGUACCUGAGCCCCAUCACCCGCCGCCGCUACCAGGCGCGCAGCAUGCCCUACCAGCGCGGCUACCUCCUGCACGGCCCGCCCGGCACCGGCAAGUCCACCCUGGCGUCCGUCCUCGCCGGCCGCUACGGCCUGAGCCUGUACAUCCUCAAGCUCGCGCACAUCGACGACGAGGACCUGGAGCGGCUCUUCUCGGAGCUGCCGUCGCGCUGCAUCGUGCUCAUGGAGGACAUUGACGCCGCCGGCAUCGACCGCGACGACGACAGCGACAGCGACUCGGACGGCGACGACAACGGCAGCGAGGCCGGCGGCUCGUCCAGCAAGAAGAAGAAGAAGAACAAGGAAAAGGAGGAGAACGCCAAGGCCAAGCGCAAGACCUCGGACUGCACGCUCUCGGGCCUGCUCAACGUGCUCGACGGCGUCGGCUCGCAGGAGGGCCGCGUCGUCAUCAUGACCACCAACUACCCGGACGAGCUCGACUCGGCCCUGGUCCGGCCCGGCCGCAUCGACAAGAAGGUCUACAUCGGCCACAUCAACCGCCGGAGCGCCCAUGAGAUGUUUAUGCGCAUGUUCCGGCCCACCGUCGGCGGCGGCGGCAAGAAGGUCUCGGAGAAGGACAGCGGCGACCUCGCGUGCCGCUGCGACGAGUGCCGCGCCACGACGGUCGCGCAGCUGGCGGCCGACUUUGGGCGCCUGGUGCCCGACGGCUGCAUCGCGCCCUCGGAGCUGCAGGGCUUCUUCCAGGUCUACCUCGAGUGCCCGUCCGAGGCCGUGCGCUCGUUCCCCGCCUGGCUGUGGAGGCUGCGCGAGGACAAGGUCCCGCGCAAGAAGCGGCAGCAGCAGCAACAGCAGCAGCGGAGCCUCGCCGGCGUCGACGGCGUCCUGACCCCGCCUGAGACUCCGGUUUCUGAGAAGGCGGACAAGGCCGAGGAGGAGUCGGAGAAGGGCGAAUCUGAGGAGAAGGGCGGGGCCGUGGACAAGAGCGCAUCAUGAAAAUAUCGGAUCGGGAGAGGACAUAAAAGACGGGAAAUUCGUGUGUAUGAUACGGGCGAUAUGCAUUUCCGGCUGGUUUUGCCGGGCUGGCUUCAGCGAGCGGUUACGGUAUCUUGAUGAAUGGUACGCAUUAGUCACCAUCUUUCACCAUUUCCACCACUGCUUUCCACCCACCACUGUAGACUAGGUACCCUGCAAAGUCUCUAUUUUGAUCACACCGAGCUGAGCUGCAUCGUGAUUGUGGGGUGUUGAGCCGAGGCCAA